UCAGUUGUGAACAAACAGAGUGCCUGUUGAAGAGGAUGGAUGGUCUUCCUCGCAGCCAUGACGUUCUGGUAGUUCAUAAACUCCAGCUCCACUGUUUGCCCAGCCUGCUCUUCUUAGUCUGGCCUCAGUCCAAAACCACACCUACUGCAGCCUGAGAAGCAGGAAGUUCCUCCCACUCUCACACACAGACGACUGUGAGAGGAAACAAAACUGAAUCCUAUCAGUGUUCGUGGAAAAAUGGCAGAAGCCAGAGUUGCAGUGGAUGUAAAUGAGUUCAGCUGUCCAAUAUGUCUGGAUCUACUGAAGGAUCCAGUGACUAUUCCCUGUGGACACAGUUACUGUAUGAGCUGCAUUAGGAGCUGCUGGAAUCAGGAGGCUCAUGCUGGAGUUUACCGCUGCCCCCAGUGCAGACAGACCUUCACACCCAGACCUGUUCUGGGCAGAAACACCAUACUGGCUGAAAUGGUGGAGAAACUGAAGAAGACUGGACUACAAGCAGCUACUCCUGCUGACCAGUAUGCUGGACCUGGUGAUGUGGAGUGUGAUGUCUGUACUGGGAGAAAACACAAAGCUGUCAAGUCCUGCCUGGUGUGUCAGGCCUCCUACUGUGAAACUGACCUGCAGCUUCACAAUAAACUCCAUCAUGCAAAACAACACAAGCUCAUUGAUGCCAUCAGUCAUCUGAAGGACAAGGUCUGUUCCCACCAUGACAAACCCCUGGAGAUCUACUGCCGUACCGACCAGCAGUGUAUCUGUUUUCUCUGUACGAUGGCUGAACACAGAGGCCAUGAUACAGUCUCAGCUGCUGCAGGAUGGGCGGAGAAACAGGUCAGACUGGAAACACUCAUAUAUAAAUUAUGAAUUUUAUAUAAAGUAAAAAUUGUUUUUGUCGCAUGUGAAUAAGUUUGCAUUAAAAAGAGAGAGAUUGUGAUCAAGCCUGGUUUGUUACAUGGAAAGAAAAUGCACAGAAAAUGAGUCACUGAAAAUGUGUUUUAUCAGUAGCUCAAUGGGGAAAACCUGUGUCAAGAUGUCAUUACAAAAUGUAAAAUGUUCUGAUCGAAUUGCAACUGAAAACUCCUUCAACUACUUAAAACUCCUGUAUUCAGGGGCGCUGUAAAGGGGGGG